AUGCCAAUCCUGAUUGCCUACGGUACAGCAAAGUACAUGAAAGGCAAUCCGGUUUUUGCAAUGACAGUCACAGCUGCAUUGUUAUAUCCGGAGUUUAUGAAAUAUAUCGGUGCAAGUAAAACCUUGACAUUGUUUGGCAUUCCGGUAAUGGCGAAUAGUUACGCUAGUUCACUGCUUCCGGCUUUAUUAGUUACGAUUUUAGUCGUUUAUCUUGAACGUUUUUUCAAUAAAGUUGUUCCGGGAGUGUUGCGGGCGGUCUUUGCGCCAAUGUUGACGCUUGCUGUAGCAAUGCCAAUUGCCUUUUUAGUUUUAGCACCUCUUGGUUCAAUUGUUGGCAACUAUGUUGUGCAAUUCUUUGUAUGGCUCUAUGCUCAUUUAGGUGGAAUUACAUUGGGACUCUUAGCAGGUUCACUUCCAUUUAUCAUUAUUGGUGGCAUGAAUAUGAUGUUUGCACCCUUUAUGGUGCAAAACUUAUCGUCACUUGGUUACGAUGCAAUAUUUCGUCCAGCUUUUAUUAUGCAUAACAUGGCUGAAGGUGGUGCUUGUCUAGGCGUAGCAAUCAGAACUAAAAAUAAGGAAUUAAGAACUGAUGCCAUUAGUUGUGCUAUUAGUGCGAUUAUUUCAGGUGUAACUGAGCCUGCUUUAUAUGGUAUUACGUUGAAAUGUGGCACAUUAAAGUAUGUUAUUAGUAGUGCAGCUGUUGGAGGUGUCUUGGCUGGCUUCCUUGGUGCUAAAGCUUUUGCAAUGGGAUAUUCAAGUAUUCUAGCUAUUCCAAUUUUUGGCAAAACAAUUGUUGCUAUUUCGAUUUCAAUUACUGCGACCAUUGUCUUAUCAGCAGCACUAACUGCAAUUUUUGGUUUUGAUGAUACUUGGGUAGGUGAAUAG